AUGAUGAACUAUGGCGACGAACAGGGUGACGAAGAUGAUGAAGUGGAGUACGACGAGGAUGAUGCAACAGACGAAGAUACGUCUGAUGAUGAGAUUGAGACCGAUCCAACAGAUCCGGCGCAAGUGGUCCACGACCCCGAGGAUGAAGCCGAGCAAGAUGGUCAAACUAAUAACGUUGACGACGAUCAAUCUGAGCUGAGCUGGAUCGACGGGCCUCAGCAUCAUUUCAUCGAAGACGGCGAAGUAGACGCAGCGCAGAGCGAGGCUAACGUAGCUACUCCUGCAGACGAUGUCGUUCCAGUCGGGACAACAAUUGUAACUCCACCAGGUCCAGCACCACCACGCCCACGGCCGUCACCCCCAUCAGAUAUGGCUCGACAAAUGAUUCGCCUGCGCCGACGCGUCCCAAUUCUGGCCCCGAGGCCACACGACGCUAGCGUCAUCUUCGACGGCGGUACUCCGAGCUUCCUGCAGCUCAACUGUAUCCACUCGUGGCAUCGCAAGAUGCUCUAUACGACAGAGUAUAGCUACUCGCGCUGCAAAGGAUGUACAUAUCGUGCGAAUAGUUGGACAAACUUCUGCUCUAUCUGCGGGCUGGUCGCUUGCGAUUGGUGCUCACAAAGCUUCCGCUACCGAUUCUUGGCCGAAUGGGAGUGUGCGGCGAGUAUGGUGGAUGUCCUCAUUUGGGCAGAGAAGGGCGUGAUACCAUUCAAUGUUGAGCGUCGCCAAGAAUUGGAAAAGGUGGAGGACGAGAUUUGGACGGUUUGCGACGAAGACACGCUGGGUCUCGCGAGACUGAUCAAGGUUUUCGAUGCUCAGCUAUCAGAGCUACAGCCUUUUCUAUACUAUGAUUUUGGAAUAAGUUCGUUGUUCGAAGAGCUGGAGCUGGAGAUGCGGAAGGGCUACUGGGCUGUCACGGAGGAGGAUGUGGGUAUACCUGGGCUCACCAUGACAUUCGACCUGGCGAGGAACUUCUUUGCACCAUUGCGCUGGGAUGAAUCGACAUAG